CUGUUAUGGGGGGAUAGGGUGGUUAUCCCAGAAAAAUUGCGUGAAAAUGUAUUGGAACUGUUGCAUGUGGGCCACCCAGGGAUUGUGAGGAUGAAGAGUUUAGCGAGGAGUUAUGUAUGGUGGCCCCUAAUGGAUAAGGACAUCAGCGACAGGGUAGGGAAAUGCCAAUCCUGCCAAGAGUCAAGGUCGCUACCCCCUACAGCCCCAGUUAGAGAGUGGGAGAAACCCCAGGGGCCAUGGUCCAGGAUUCACAUAGAUUUUGCGGGGCCGUUCCAUGAGCAGACCUUUUUAAUUGUAGUAGAUGCCUACUCAAAAUGGUUAGAAAUCAUCCUCAUGAAAAGCACAACGGCCGAAGCAGUAAUCACAGUCCUAAGGCAUCUAUUCGUAACACACGGCCUGCCCGACACCCUAGUCUCUGACAACGGCCCGCAAUUCACGGCAAACCAGUUUGAGGGGUAUUUAGCGGGAGAGGGCAUCAGACAUGUCCUCUCGGCGCCUUUCCACCCGGCGACGAACGGACUUGCAGAACGUUUCGUUCGGAGCACCAAGGAAGCGCUAUCUAGGAUAAGUCCAGGCGACUGGCAAACGAAAAUAGACACCUUCCUGGCCGUCCAACAUAGGACCCCUUGUGUAACAACUGGCCGCAGCCCAGCGGAACUCUUAAUGGGCAGGAAACUCAGGUGCCCACUAGACCGACUAAACCCAACUUAUACCCCAGACGGGUACAAGUGUAUUCAAGGAAAAACCAGGGAAAUGACAGUGGGUGACCCAGUAUAG